UCCGCUUCAUUUGUGUGGUUAGCGUCAUAUUUUUCGCUAUUUCACCACAAUCAUGGCCAAAUUCGACUUGACAUCAAAGAUAGGACAGUAUUUGGACCGGCACUUGGUGUUUCCACUGCUGGAGUUCCUCUCGGCUAAGGAGGUGAGCUAGUUUUUCGAUUCCGGAGUUACAUGUGACUUUGAGGUUAUGCGUAUGGCAUGUACAACUUAUGGAUGCUCAGUAGCUGAAUUUUAGAGAGGAUUACUCCGUUGGAGAUGUUUUGUGAUUAUACGUGGCAUUAUCGUGACACUUCAAUCAGGAUUUAUGAUGAGAAUGAAUUACUACACGCCAAGCUAGCUAUUCUCAGCAAAACCAAUAUGAUCGAUUAUGCUAUCGAUAUCAGAAUGCAGUUGUAUCCAGAUGUGGAAGUUCCCGAGACAUUGAAGUCUCGUCGUGCUGAAGUUGUGCAAGAACUCGGAGUUCUCCAGAACAGCGUAUCAGUUGUUGUAUCGAUUAUGAACAACGAAAAGGCGAUGAAAAAAAUGGAGGAAAUGAGGGAUUCAAAAGCCUUGAAUAACUAUUUGACACAAGAAUUGGACUUCCAAAUUGAGAUGUUGGAUAAUCUUGUGAAAUUAGCCAAAUACAGAUACGAGUGUGGAAAUUAUUCCAUCACAACAUCGUAUUUGUACUUCUACAUGCUCAUUAUGCCACCCACAGACAAGAACUACUUGAACGUGCUCUGGGGUAAGUUGGCUUCCGAAAUUCUCGCUCAGAACUGGGAUACAGCUUUGGAGGACGUGAACAAAUUGCGAGAGCACAUCGACAGCAAUGCCAUCGGCAAUUCUCUCCAAGUUCUCCAGCAGCGAACCUGGUUGAUCCACUGGAGUCUUUUCGUGUUCUUUAACCACGCAAAAGGCCGGGACUUGAUAAUCGAUAUGUUUCUAUACCGAUCCCACUACCUCAACGCCAUCCAGACCAUGUGCCCCCACAUUCUGCGGUACUUAGCUGCUGCUGUCAUUGUCAACCGCUCUAGACGUUCCAUUUUGAAGGAUCUCGUCAAGGUCAUCCAGCAGGAGUCUUACACGUAUCGCGAUCCAAUCACAGAGUUCCUAGAGCAUCUCUACGUGAACUUUGACUUUGCUGGCGCACGCCAGAAACUUCAGGAGUGCCAGACGGUCGUCUUCAACGACUUCUUCCUUAUUGCUCUGCUCAAUGAGUUCGUGGAGAACGCGAGGCUCAUGAUCUUUGAGACCUUCUGCAGGAUUCACCAGUGCAUCUCCAUCGGUAUGCUCGCGGAGAAGCUCAACAUGAAGGCUGACGUUGCUGAAUGCUGGAUCGUCAACCUCAUUCGCAAUGCCAGGCUCGAUGCUAAAAUCGACAGCAAACUGGGACAUGUUGUGAUGGGAGGACAGCCCGCUUCACGUUAUCAACAGCUUGUGGAGAAGAUUGAGACACUGAGUGUUAGGAGCGAAGCCCUGGAGAAUCUUAUUGAGAGGAAGUUGAAAGCUAAAAAUCAGGAACCUAUCAGCAUCGUGUGGAAUUAAGGGAAAAGGAAGGCUUGCGCCGGUUCUUGAGGCAACUCUUGAUUGUGAGCUUCAUCCUUAGUAAUUUCAACCUCCUCAUGGUCUUCUUCGUCCUCCAGCAUUCAAGUGGGAAAGUACUGGGCACCACUGUCAUCGUUAUCUUCCUGCAUGACUUCUUGCUUCUCUUCAUUCGUCAGACUGUAUCCCCGGUGAAUCAGGUACUUCUGCUCAUCGAUGGUCGUUUCCCCAGGGUUAAGCCGUUCCGUCUUCAUCACGAAUUGUCGACGUUGACCUUUUGGGACUCGAGCAGACUCUCCUUGAGAGAGGAUCCUUGGAUUUGGUGGUGAACAAGUUGAUGGGAGUGAGAUUCCUCCUGGAGCAUUCUGGAGUGGUUGAGAACGUGAUGAUGUUGCGCGACAAGCUUCUCUACUUCCAGGAGCGAUGAUUUCUUAGAAUCGUACACGUUUAGGGCCUCUGAUGUUGUAUCGUACUGGGUAUUAACAUCGAACUGUGGCACUUCCUCGUGCCAAUCGUCCUCCAAGUGAACGUCCACCUCAUUGCAAAAGAGCUCUUCUUUUAUGUUGAGACCCUCAUAACGUUCACGGAGGACGCUGUCUGCCUGCUCCCCAUGGAGUUUGAACUCAUCGGCGGACGCAAACUUCUCUAUACAGUCACAGCAAACUUGACUGGGGAGACCCGUCACCUUGAAUCAUCCGAAAUGAAAGUUGGGAUGAUAGAGAGAUUUUUUUGGAGCUUGUUAAAUUAAUUUAUUUAUGUUAUUCAAGUUUAUUUGAAUUUCUGUCGAUUCCUCUUUUAAAAAUAAAAGUCAUUGAAUUUGAUCUA